AAUGCUUGGGAAAUGCUUUGGGACAGACAAAAUGCUCAAGCGUGCUUGUACUUGCCCAGCUGUUAAUUAAAGUCAGACUCUUUCUGUCUCAGUUAGUGCGUUUAAAAACCUUGCAGGGUAAUUUUGACAGUGCAAACUGCUUAUUUUUACAGAAUUACCGUAAGUUUGCUUUUUUUCUGUGUUGAUUUAAAAAAAAAAAAGAUCAACACUACAAAUUACUUUUAAUUAAUAAUAAUUUCAGUUAGGCUACGGUUAUUUUUUAGUGUUCCAUUUAUCAUAUUUACCAUAUACUGACCAUGCGAACAGCGUACAAUUGUAAUCAAGAGAAAUUGCAGAAGUGCAAACACAAAGCAGGAUGUUGCAUAGAUUCAGCUAAGGACACCCUGUUCGCGUUGAGUAAAGACAUAUGGAGCUGCGCAGAACUAGCGUACGAGGAAAAGCAGUCUCACGACAUCCUCGUCCGCUUCUUCACGGAGACAGAGAAGGGAUGGAGCGUUGAAAGCCAUUACAAACUGGACACGGCGUUCCGGGCCACAUGGGGACCCACCGGAGGCAACGCGGGGGGUGACACGUUAAAUAUUGGGUUUCUGUGCGAGUAUGACGCGUUGCCAGGUAUCGGUCAUGCAUGCGGACAUAACCUGAUCGCUGAGGUCGGUGCUGCCGCAGCUGUGGGAAUGAAAGGGGCGUUGGAGGCGCUGGUCGAUCCUCCAGUUCGAGUAACGGUGACUGUGAUUGGAACUCCUGCAGAAGAAGAGGGAGGUGGCAAGAUUGACCUGAUCGAAGCAGGAGGCUUUGAAGGCCUGGACCUGGUGUUCAUGGCACACCCAUCGCAGGAGGAUGCUGCCUACCUUCCUGACAUGGCUGAGGAUGAUGUGACGGUGAAGUACUAUGGAAAGGCUUCUCAUGCUGCAGCGUACCCAUGGGAAGGGAUUAAUGCUUUAGAUGCUGCUGUCCUUGCUUACAACAACUUAUCUCUGCUGAGACAGCAGCUGAAGCCUGACUGGAGGCUCCACGGUAUCAUUAAACACGGAGGGGUGAAGCCGAACAUCAUUCCAGCAUACUCCGAACUCUACUUCUAUCUGCGCACCCCGAAGCGCAGGGACCUCCCGUUUCUCAGAGAGAAGGCGGAGCAGUGUUUCAGAUCUGCUGCCAUGGCAACCGGAUGCCGAGUGGAGCUGCAAUACGGGCCUCACGAGUACCAUAAUGUUCUUCCCAACAAGACACUUGCGCGGCUGUAUGAGGAGAAUGGGAAGGCACUUGGCAUUGAAUUCACAACAGACAAGCAGGUGCUCAACACUCCAUCUGGAUCCACAGAUUUUGGAAAUCUGUCCUUUGUUGUUCCUGGAAUCCACCCCUAUUUUUACAUUGGCUCCAAAGCACUGAAUCACACUGAAGAGUACACUGCAGCUGCUGGUUCUGAUAAGGCCCAGUUUUUCACUUUGCGGACGGCCAAGACGCUGGUGAUGAUGGCGCUGGAUGUUCUGUUUAACCCAGAGCUUCUGAAGCAGGUGAAAGAAGACUUCCACCUGUCCAAGUUGAAAGAAGAAUGUGAAGUGACAGGAAGGGAGAACGGCAGCGGGCCUGGGCAGUGGGGUGGGGCAGCCAGUGCCUCCCGCUGAAUCCUAACUGACAGUACUACUCUUCCCUCACUGCACUCAAACGAGAUCACAAUCAAAUACUCUCCAUGGAUAGCCUUUUUUUUUUUUUUAUUACACACGUCGAUUUGUAGGGACCCUAUAUACUACUACUUUCAAGUUUUAAUUGUUUGCUUUUUAAAGGCAGGUGUAAGCUGUUCCUUUCUGAUGUUACCUAAACCACACUACAAUGUGAAUCAACUGAUGAACAGUUAGGAAUGAUUACUGGGGUCGGUUUUUCAAAACUUGUAAUCUGGAUAAAAGUGAUCCGGAUUUUGUAAUUCUAUAUAUUGUGAACGAGAUUACUUUUAUCUGGAUUACAUUUAUCCAGAUUACAAAUAAUUACGAUUCCGAAGUCAGUUUUUUUUAUAUAUAUAUAUAUAUAUAUAUAUAUAUAUAUAUAUAUAUAUAUAUAUAUUACAUCAAAGAGCCCUCUGAGUCUUUGGACUGGGGUAAGAGACCUGGGUUCAAACUCGGCACACGUGUAAAUUAAUUUGGUCUCAAGUGGACUCGCAUGCAUGCACCAAUAUGGGUGCUAUGCAUGUGAGCAGACUACAAGGAACAGUAUUUUCCAAUCUUUUCCAUUUCGAUUUAAUUCUCAAUUCCUGCAUUCAGCUUGAAAAUCCCAGUUCUAUCAAAUUCUAGUUUGCUGUAUUUAAACCUUAUGAAUACACAUACACACAGAGUUACACACACAGUCAGAUCUGUUUACUGAGAGGCAAACGUCUUUAAUAUUGAUUCUGUUAAGGGUUUGCUUCUCACCUCAGAGUGUUUACUUUUUGAAGGUCAUUUUGUUGCUUGGCAAUACUGCAAUGUAUUUAUAGAUGUAACGCUGAGAUGCUGUGACGGAUGUGAGUGGUGUAUUGAAUAAAUAAACAGUCCCGAAACAA